AUGUCGGGAAAAAUGACGUUGUACAAAUUGGUGGUGUUGGGGGAUGGUGGUGUUGGGAAAACAGCCCUCACAAUUCAGCUUUGUCUAAACCACUUCGUCGAGACUUACGACCCGACCAUUGAAGAUUCAUAUCGUAAACAAGUCGUCAUUGAUCAACAGUCAUGCAUGUUGGAAGUGCUGGAUACAGCAGGCCAAGAGGAAUAUACAGCCUUGAGAGACCAAUGGAUUCGUGACGGUGAAGGGUUCGUUCUCGUCUACAGCAUUACCUCGAGGGCCUCUUUUUCCCGCAUACAGAAGUUCUACAACCAGAUUAAGAUGGUCAAGGAAUCGGCCAAUUCAGGGUCCCCCUCUGGCGCCAGUUACUUAGGAUCUCCGAUCCACGCGCCCUCGGCCCCCCCGCUCCCAGUGCCAGUCAUGUUGGUGGGUAACAAGAGCGAUAAAGCUGUUGAGCGCGCUGUGUCGGCACAGGAGGGGCAGGCGCUUGCGAAAGAUCUCGGCUGUGAAUUCGUCGAGGCCUCGGCAAAGAACUGCAUCAACGUCGAAAAGGCCUUUUACGACGUGGUUCGAAUGCUCCGACAACAGCGCCAACAACAGCAGGGGCGGCCUCAAGACAGACGAACGACUGGCUUGGGUCCCAUGCGUGAUCCUGGUCCGGAGUAUCCUAGAUCGUUUCGGCCCGACCGUACGGGAAGCCAUCGCCGCCCGUUCAAGUGCACGAUUCUGUGA